AUGUCAUCCAGGAUAAUAAUAGGAACUUUCCCUCGAUUCAAUUCGGUGAAGAAUUUCAAUUAUUUCUUCCAGAAUACGAAAUCUAAAUUAAUAAUAGAUCAAAAUUUUAUAUCAAAUACUCAUCUAUAUCGAUCUGCAAACAAACGAUCCUUUUUCACUUCAUCACCAACCAAAAAUCAUGUAAAGCCAACGGUUUCCAAACAAUCACAUAUAUUUGAAAAUGUUGCUUCUAAAGUUUUAACAUGUCAAGAACCAGGAGCCCAGCUGUCACAAGGAUUAUCAAUGGAUGGUCCAAAAUUACCUUUCAAAAUCACUCCUAAAGAACCAGGGUCAAAGCAAGCACAACCAACAAUACCUAAAACAAAAUCAGAAUUAAAGACUCAAUUGACAGCUUAUUUAAAGUUAACUAAACCAAAUUUAACAGUAUUAGUCACCUUGAGUUCAAUUUGUUCUUAUGCAAUCUCACCCCUUUCAGUUACAUUACAUGAAUUAAUAUUCUUAACCCUUGGAACAGGAUUAUGUUCUGGAGCAGCUAAUGCAAUUAAUAUGGGAAGAGAACCUGAAUUUGAUAGGCAAAUGCCAAGAACUGUAGGUCGACCAGUUGUAAGAGGAUUAGUUACACCUCAACAAGCAUAUAAUUUUGCUGCCCUUACUGGAACAUUAGGUUGUACAAUGUUAUGGUUUGGAGUCAAUUCCACAGUAGCAUAUUUAGGGUUUGCCAAUAUUGUGUUAUAUGCCUGGAUAUAUACUUCGUUAAAGAGAAAAUCUAUUAUAAACACCUGGGUUGGCGCUAUUGUGGGUGCUAUCCCACCAUUAAUGGGUUGGGCAGCUUCAUCGCCAUUAAGUUUACCAGGAGCAUGGUGUCUUGCUGGGUUAUUAUACGCGUGGCAAUUUCCUCAUUUCAAUGCUCUUUCUCACGGAAUAGCUCAACAAUAUAAAUCAGCCGGUUAUGUAAUGGCAGCUAGUGAAAAUCCAAAAUUAAAUGCUAGAGUUGCCUUAAGAUAUUCUUUGUUGAUGUUUCCAUUAUGUUUUGGAUUAAGUUAUUAUGGAGUAACUGAUUGGGUAUUUCAAUUAGAUUCAGCUAUUGUAAAUGGUUGGUUAAGUUAUUUGGCUUAUCAAUUUUGGGAUCAACAAAGAAAGAAUUAUAAAAAAGGUUCUAAACCUACAGCUGAAGGGUUAGCAUUGGCUGGUGUUCAUGCAAAGAAGUUAUUCUGGUGCUCUGUUUGGCAUCUUCCAGCAGUAUUAAUCCUUGCAAUGUUACAUAAGAAAGAUCAAUGGAAUAGGCUUUUUAAUUAUUUGGGAUUGUCUGGCAAUAAGAAUGAGAAUAAGGAUAAUAUGAAAUUAAGUUAUUAA